AUGUCAUUGGAACAACUUCUAAGUGAUCCUUGGGUGAAAGGUGAGAAAGCCAAAGAUGAUCAAAUGGACCCUGAGAUUAAGUCAAGGCUACAAAGAUUUAAUGCAAGACGCAAACUUCACGCAACUGCGAUAGCUAGUGUUUGGAGCUCCACAAUCUUCCUAAGAACUAAAAGAUUGAGAUCAUUGGUUGGAUCAUAUGAUCUCAAUGAAGACGAAAUCAAAAAUCUCAAGAUACAUUUCAAGAAAAUAUGUGUUGAUAGAGAAAAUGCGACUCUUAGUGAGUUUGAGGAGGUGUUAAAAGAAAUGAAAAUGCCAUCAUUGAUCCCUUUUGCAGCUCGAAUAUUUGAUUUGUUUGACAACAACCGCGAUGGAACGGUUGAUAUGAGAGAGAUUCUUUGUGGCUUUUCGAGUCUCAAGAACUCCAAAGGAGAGGAUGCUAUCCAUUUGUGCUUCCAGUUAAAUGUUAUUGUGAUACGGUGGCAGAACCGACUGUUAAUACAGUUUUACAUUUUGUAUUCGCAAAUAUUGUGGUAA